AAACCGCUGAAAUUCAAAUUGUGAGCGUGACGCUGUGACCGUUCUAUGGAUUAUGCCCUGCAUGCUAUCUUGAUAGUGUAUACUAUGCUAAUUUAGGAGCUUAUUACCACGCUUGCCCCCUGAAAAAGUCACCGAAAGGAUAAUUAUAUCACGAUCAGCUACAGCAUCUCUUGUCGUCUGCAUUUGUGAUAUCUGCUUAAUUUUGCGGUGUGCACCACUAAUCAAUUGUAUAGAAGAGGUCUGCAGAGCGGCUGUGCUAGCAGCUGCACAAGUAGCUAAGGCAAUCGGUGCCUGCGAAUAAGGAACAGUAAACCUUAAAACGGAUCAGCCUCUGUUUCAAGCGGACUUGGUUAGGGUUAUUUAUGUGUUCCCUCAUAUAAUAGCGGCCUCGCGUGCGGUGGUGUAAUCUACAUAAUAGUGCCAAUCUAGUACAACCGUUUCCGGAGAGACGUUUUCCCCAGAUCACAAAGCAGAUUGACACCAUCGAACGUUCUCAACAUCGCAGGAUACGUUUCAGCCAUGAGGAAUUCAUUUUCAAUGAUUUUUUUCGCCGUCAUCGGAAUAACAGGAUGCAUUCGGGCUGUGGCCGGAGCCUCGCCAAGCUCAACUACUUCGGCCAUCGAUGACUUCAAAUGCCCCGAGCAGUUUGGCUAUUAUGCAGAUACAAUUGACUGCUCGAAGUACUUUGUCUGUGUAUUUGGAGACCCGCUUCACGAAAGCUGUACAGGCGGGCUAUAUUUCAGCGUUGAGCUGCAGACCUGUGACUGGCCAAGAAAUGUACAAUGCUCUACAGCCGGAAAUAAUCCAUUGACUACUAACAAUUCUAACCCCGAAUCGAAAAAAAAAGAAGGUUCAUCCAUUGACAAAAAGGCUGAGAGCGCUGUCCUUUCCUUGACAAGCACUCACAAGAAAUCCUCAACCAGACCCAUUGGUUCGACAACAUCGGCUCCGUCAACAACUUUGCGGCCUUCGAUCAUUCGCGACUUCCAAUCGCUAUACGAGGACAUCAUCUCUGGCAACAGCUCCUCGGCCAAGGAGGUUUCGCCGCCGCUGUCGAACGCGUACGACCCGCAACAACCCGAAUACGAUGAAGCUGUGCCACCCGUCGUCGACUCAGAGGGCGGAAUCCACAUCUCGGACGCAGGUAAAGCCUUCGGUAGCAGCAGCCUCGCUUCGAGGACUACUUCCUCCUCCAAGUUGACCUCUCCGCGUUGGAGUAAGGUCUCGUCCGCGAGACUCCGCUCGCUCGACGUCGAGAAAGACCAAAGGAUUGACAUCGACAAGCGAUUUGGCAGCGCCACCUACUUAGGUCCGUACCACGACUUCGGGACUGGUCGACCUGAUAAGAUCAUUUCACCUCCAAUCGUUACCGGACCGGGCCGAUCUGGCCGCGCGCGUAACCUCAAUCACCAAGAAGACGUGAGUGUGUUUGUUCGACCCCUUCAGUACGAAAAGAAAAUUUCGAACGAUGGCGGCCCGCCAAUCUACUAUGCGGACAAAGCGGAAAAUCCCUCGAAAGAAAUUGUUCUUGUUAGCUACCCACGUGAUGGCCGCUAUAGAGAGUUAGCGGUUUAUGAGCCGCCUCAGACGUCCCAGCGCCAGAUCUACACUUACACGAACCGUAACCAGCGCUACUACGCUCCGCAGCCUAAGACACCCUCGUACAACUUCCCCAACGAUCUGCUGCGAGCUCCACCCAGGCUUUCUGAGCCACCUAAAGUCGUAACGUCCUCACCUGUAUCCCGAGUUCAGGACACGCGAUACUUCAACUUCAACACGUUCACACCAGCCCCACCGCCUCCACCCCGCUACGUGCCACCCGCGCUUCCUGAGGUCGUUACUGCACCCGCAGUUCGAGCAGUUGCAGUGACAUCUCCCUCGAAUCAACCGGUGCAAUCGCUUGGUGGACUACAUAGCUCCCAAGUGUCACAUUCAUCGCCGACUUCACAUCACACCUCGCAUGAGGAGGACGUCGAUCAGGAGGAUUACGAUGACUAUGGCUCAUACGAAGAUUAUCAGAGUAAUAACCCCCCCUUGACGACGCACCGACCUUUGCCACCCCCGCCAACAAGUACCUCAACGACAACAACACCACGACCGGCCACGCGAAGAACGACCCGCCCAUAUCGGCCUCCCGUGCAGACUAGCACAUCUGCGCCCUCUCGGCAAUCAUCUUCUGGUCGAACCGGAGUACGUCGUCCUGUUACUAGGCCGCCUGGUCCUCCGACGACGUCUAGGCCGGCUUUCCGUCCCCAAAACGUCUACCCGACGCCAGUACCUUACGAAACAGCAGCAAAGUGCUCGCGAGAUACUUGUCGCCUACCCGACUGUAACUGCGCUGGAUCAGAGAUUCCCGGUGGAUUAUUACCAAAGGAGGUACCUCAGGUGGUCCUGCUUACGUUCGACGAUGCCGUGAACGACCUCAACAAGGAUCAUUACAGAGAUAUCUUCGAUAGCGGCCGUAAGAAUCCGAAUGGAUGUCCAAUCCGGGGGACAUUCUAUGUUUCACACGAAUGGACUGAUUACGGCCAAGUUCAGAACCUCUACUCGAAGGGCCACGAGAUGGCCUCGCAUACGGUCACUCAUAGCUUUGGUGAAAAGUUCUCCGAGCAGCAGUGGUUCAAGGAAGUUGCUGGCCAGCGUGAGAUUCUCCAUCUAUAUGGGGGCGUGAAGCUCGAAGACGUUCGAGGCAUGCGGGCCCCUUUUUUGCAAAUUGGAGGUAACAAGCAGUUCAAAAUGCUUCACGAAUACAACUUCACCUACGAUUCGUCCAUGCCUGUCUUCGAAAAUAACCCUCCCUAUUGGCCAUACACAUUGGAUUAUGCCAUGUCGCACGAAUGCAUGAUUACUCCGUGCCCCAGCAAAAGUUUUCCAGGCGUCUGGGAAGUUGGCAUGGUGAUGUGGGUCGACCUUCGAGGAGGCCGUUGUUCAAUGGGUGACGCCUGCUCGAAUCCGCCUGAUGACGACGGCGUCCACAAGGUUCUCAUGAAGAAUUUCAACAGACAUUACAAAGGCAAUCGGGCGCCUUUUAACCUGUUCUAUCAUUCGGCUUGGUUCAAUACCGAACAUCACAAAAAAGGCUUCCUACGAUUCCUCGAUGAAAUUCUUUCUAAGGGAGACGUCUGGCUGAUCACCAAUACGCAACUGAUCGAUUGGAUCCGCCAUCCUACGUCUAACUCGCACAUCAACUCGUUUACGCCAUGGCAAUGUAAUUAUAGUGAUCGACCAGGAUUAUGUCAUCAUCCUACGACGUGUUCACUGCUAUACAAAGGCGGAGUCCGUUACAUGAAGACUUGCCAACCGUGUCCCGAUGUCUACCCGUGGGUUGGAAAUACCGGAUAUGGAGGAAAGGGUGCCAAGUAGGCCACACUCGAAAGUUAUCAUAUUGUUAAUAUAUCAUAUAGUACAGACGGUUAAUUGUGUGUUGCCCGUAAAACAUGAUUAAUCGUAGCCAGGUAAGCACAAGAAAAGGAAACCCUAACGCGUCGACGCUAGUAGACACGAUUGAACUAGGCGGACACAACCUUAGACGCCGAUAAAUAAGCAAACCUCCUUUUAGAAGUUCAUCUAUCACGCAAACAUAAACAGGCAGAUGAACAUUGAUACAAUCAACGCUCGUUCGAUUCAUUCAUUUAAUUACUCUGUAUCUAGUUUUGCGCCAUUUAAAUUUUUUUCCGUUCUGUAGCGCCGCAUGCGCUUUUUUUUGGCAUUCCGUUUCCUCGAACGAUUUGCUUGAACAAACGUCGUUAUAGGUAAUUAGAAAUACUUGCAAUCUACCUAUUCACACGAACAUGUGCGCUAGAGACUCCAAUAUGUCGGCGCCAAAGACUGCUAGCGACAUGUGGGAAACCUGAUAAGGCCUAUUUGAACACGAGUUCUUGAUUUACCUCUGUACUAAAAGAAAUUAUCCAUGUCCAGAGGCAGUAGACCAACAUAUAGCGACGUAUUGUUCCAAUCAAAGCUGGGUCGUUUAAAGAUAGAAAAGGCUUUCCUUUUCCUUGAAGGGUAGAAAUAAGCUGUGAUUUAGCGACGAAGUAUUUUCAGGAGGUCGUUUCGUAAAAACCAACUAACAACAAGCGUGGGCCAUAAGUAUUUUAUAAUUUUAUAAUACUGAAUAAUAACCGUGAUAAUAUCCCCCACCCC